AUGCCAGCAUACAACAGAUUCAGCCCACGCGAAGACGCAAAGCUUGUUUCUCUCGUCAACAAGCUUGGCACAAGCAACUGGAAAGCAGUUGCCUCAAAAAUGUUUGGACGCACACCACGUCAGUGCAAAGACAGAUACACACGCUUCCUCUCACCAGACGUCAACAAGAGCGAAUGGACCGAGGAAGAAGACAGACUUCUCUUAGAAGUUGUUCCUAAGUACUUACCACACUGGAGACAUAUUGCAUCUUUCUUCGACAAGAGGAACGACAUCCAUGUUAAGAACAGAUACAAGAAACUGAUGAAUAUGCAAAACAAAACAAUCAACGCGAGCACAUCCGAAAUUCACCCAUACACAUCUCUCUCAGCAUACGCCUUAGCGUCGAAUUCUUUUGCACCUUCAUCAUCCACAUCAGAAUCUGCGUCAUCAGAACAGUCAUCAGUCCCUUCUUCACACCCAUCACCAAACCCAUCAGUCCUCGCUUCAUCAAUGAUGCAGACAAAAAUUCCAGUUUCAACAGAGUUCAGUUCUUUGAAGAGCGAAGGAACUUCUUUAUUUCCAAUAACAGACGACUUUGACUUCGAGAGUGUCUUCAACUUCUUCGAAGAAGAAAUUUUCUAA